AUGUACAAACACAGCCCAGGUAUUCUGUUCCCAUUACUCAUUAGUCAGGCUGCCUGGACUUCAGCUUGGCAAAAAGUCAACCACCAGAGGCCUAAACUAUAUCUUUCAGCUGAACUCAAGUCACAACUCCCAACGGCUUCUUCACACAGGUGACUCUAAGGUGAAUAAUUAUGGAUGAUGAAACUGAAUAUCUACUUAACUUCAAAGGGUAUAAUUUUGAAAAGUCUUUAGUUAAAAUGGACAUAGUGAAAAAUGUUGAAGAUUUUGAAAUUAGAGAUGAUGAUGUCUUUAUAGUCACAUACCCAAAAUCUGGUACCAUCUGGACUCAGCAGAUCCUCAGCUUGAUUUUCUUUGAGGGUCACAGGAACAAUGCUGAAAACAUCCAAACAAUUGAUAGAGCACCAUUCUUUGAGUACAAUAUUCAUAAUGUGGACUAUGCCAAAAUGCCAUCACCUCGCAUCUUCUCUUCCCAUCUUCCGUAUUAUUUGGUACCAAAAGGACUCAAGAACAAAAAAGCCAAAAUUCUUUAUAUCUACAGAAAUCCUAAAGAUGUUUUGACCUCCUAUUACCAUUUUUCCAAAUUGGUGGUUGUAGUUCAAUUUAUAGAUAAUGUAGAAAGUUUUAUGCAAAACUUUCUAGAUGGAAAAGUGGUAGGAAGCAUUUGGUUUGACCACAUACGAGGCUGGUAUGAACACAGAAAUGAUUUCAAUAUCCUGUUCAUGAGCUUUGAAGAGAUGAAGAAGGACCUCAGAGCCUCAGUGCUUAAAAUCUGCAGUUUUCUGGAGAAAGAACUGAGUGAAGAAGAUGUGGAUGCUGUUGUGAAGCAAGCUACAUUUCAGAGGAUGAAAUCUGAUAAACGAGCAAAUUAUGAACAAAUUAUGAAAUAUGAAAUUGGAACAAGAAAUGAUGAGGGAAAGUUUCUCCGCAAAGGUACCAUUGGAGACUGGAAAACUCAUUUGACUGUGGAUCAGAAUGAAAGAUUUGACAAGAUAUUCCACAGGAACAUGAAAAACAUUCCCUUAAAGUUCAUCUGGGAUAUAAAUGAGGAGUAGAAUUUUAAUUACCAUGUGAAUUAAUCAUAUGAAAAUGUACUAACCAGAAGCCAUACUUUAAGAGUAAAAUUAAUUUAUUCCUCUCAUUUAACUAUUAAUUAUAUAGCAUAAUCCAUGAAUAUAUGAUUAACUUAUACUUAGAUUACUUCCCAUGACAUUAAUUUUAAAAGGAACUACUAGCAUUUUAUAUCCUUCACAAAAAUGGAAUAAAAGGAAGCAUAAAACACAGCUUGUAGAUAUCUUCAGAGACUAUUCUAUAGAUCACAGUUUCUUUACCUUCAAUUAAUUUAUGAUCAAACAAACACUUAAAAUCCUUUCACUCUUGUAAUUAAACUUUAAUUUAUCUGUGUCAAAAUCAAUAAGAUUGAUAAAAUGUGCUGUGUGAAAUAAAGACAAACAUCAUGUAGAAACAUGUGGCUUUUAAAAACAA